GGACAAAUCCACCAAUGACUGUUUGAACAUGUGGUAUCUAUUGCUCAUAACUUUAACUGCGUAUUAAAUUGGAAAAUGUUUACUAAAAGUUUGUUUUCUUAUUUUAAUAAAUUUUCUGGAUCGCUUCCUAUAAAAUAAUUAUGGUACUUAUGUAAAAAACAUCAAGAAGUUUUCAGUUGUUAAUUAUAUUAUUCCAUCUUAAAAUGAUUUAGGAUUCUGUAAGGUAUGAAGAGCACAGUUUCUAAACACAGUAUUAAGUUCGGGAACGAAGCUUCCCGAAGACUUUAUAGGGGUGCUGCAGAUGCUGCUAGAAAGUUGGAACAACAUUUGAAUUUAGUUAAUAGUCUUAGUGUUCUUUUCUCAUCUGAAACGACUGAUCUUAGGAUGCGGUUAAAAGAAUUUUGUGAGCGGCUAAUUUUUACUGAUCCUGUAGAAUAUGGGAAAAAAGCGGAGGAUUUAUUGUGGCGAAAAGUCUUUUAUGAUUUCUUUUACAGAUGCAAGCAAAACAAAAAAAUUUUGUUAGAGUCUAACAAUGACAGACGUGCUCUUAUAAACCAGUUAUUGGCAGGCAUUGGGUUUUAUCAUCACUUACUAUUGAGAAUACAAACUGAGUUUCACAUAAAUCUUGAGGGAAAAGUAGAUGUUCCUCUACUCUGGCAUAUGAAAGGUGUAAAGAAGGAGCGCUGGAAAAAGUAUCAGCAAUCUGCAGCUAGUGAUGUCAAUGUUCAGAAGUGGGCUGAUCAAGCAAGUCAUCGCAUAUUAAUUUAUCUUGGAGAUUUAACUCGUUAUCUUGCUGAACUAGAUGAAAUUGAGUGUCAACAUAUUGCAGAACGCUAUUAUCAACAAGCUUUUUGUUUGAACAGUCUUAAUGGAACUCCUCAUAAUCAAUUAGGUUCUCUUUAUGCAAAUAAAUUUGAAUCAGCAUAUCACUAUAUGAGAUGCUUGUCAUGUAAAGAUAAAUUUGAUGGAGCUGAAGGUAAUCUAAAGCGAAUGUUUGAAAAAAAUGAUGAAAUAUCAAAACAACUGUACUCAGAGGAUCUGACAGACCAAGAAUUCCUAAUGAGCUCAAGAUUUUUGUCCAGAUUCUUAAAAUUGUGCCAAAUAUUCUAUUUUACUACCGGAGAAAAAUCUGAAAUAUUUUGUCAAGAUAUUUUGAAAGAGUUUGACAUGGCUUUGAGUUGCAAUUCUAACAUUGACACUUUAGUUCAUUUGUCUGAUGAUGAUGUUUUCAAAAUAAUUGUCAUGUCAUUAAUGUGUGUAUCAAAGCUCCAAGAAAAAGGUCAGUCAGAUGCUUCAGUAGCAACAGCUUUUUGUCUAGCUUUGUUUUCUCAUGUUGUCGAUUACGCUACCCGACGAUUGCUGUGUUCAUUAUUGACUCUAAAAGAAGUUUGUGGUGAACAGGAAUGCAAAAUUGAAAAUGGUAGUUCAGUAAAAAGUAUUUCAUCUAAGGACCAACUGAGUGAUACAAGCUUAGACAGUGAUGCAAAUAAAGAUAACAUUGCUAAGAAAAAUCUUGGAAAAAAGAUAGGAUUGAAAAGGUUUACAGCACGUCGUUUAAGAACAUUACGUCGCCGUAGGAAAAUCAGUAGCACCAGCCAAGAAGACUCUGAAUUAAGUGAUGGGGAAAUGACUGAUCUUCCUGAAUCUGACGAAGAAAGUGGACUAAUGAAUUCGGAUAUUAGUCAAGCUGGUAGUUGCAGUAGUGAAAGCCUGAGUGAAAAUGAGGAUGAUUUACUUGUAGAAGAAGAGGAGGAGGAAGAAGAAAAUAGCUUUUGCAUUGAUGGAGAACUUAUUAGGGAGAAUGAUACCAAUUUAGAAAAUAAUUACAAUUUAAAAAAUGGAUGUUCUGAGACUCUUAAUGGAUCUGAAGCAAAAGAUGAUGCACUGAUGAAGAAAAAUUAUGUCAACAAUGUUUAUAACAUCCUUGAUGACCCAUUAGUUCCACCUGAGAAAUUAAUUGAAAUUCUUAAAAGAAAUAACCUUUUCCCGUGCAUCAAAGUGCUGUCUGACUGGCUUAGAAUAAAUGAAGAUAUUCUAUCAGCAUGUGCUGAAAGUUCAAAUUUCCUUUUGCUUCGAUGGAUCGAGUUGUUGAAUAUGUUAAUAAAAGUAGAAGCUAAACUUAAAUCACAUAAAGACAUAUCUAAUUUUUCUUCAUACCAUGAAAACUGGCAACAAGUUUAUCCUCUUCCAGAAGAUAUUUCCUUGCAAGGAUUUUCAUUAUUGAAGGAGAUUCAUACCUUGUUACAUUUUGACAUUUCUAGUCGAAGAAAAUCAUCAUCAGUAGUACAGAUAUACAUGAGAAUACAAUGCUUACUAUCAUUUGGAAAGUGCCUUAUUAAAGCUUCUGAAUCUUCUGUUGAUUUUGAUUUAGAAAAAAAGAAAUAUUACUUUAAUUUGUGUAACAAAGCUAAAGAGACAGAUAAAGAGGAAAUUAGUUUACAAAAAUCGGUGAAUAAAGAUGUAGAAACUAAAAAACAGAAGUUCAUGAGGAGUAUGGCUCAUUUAUGGUUAAAGGCUGAAGUAAAUGAUUUGGAAACAUUAGUUGAAGGUGGAUCUUCUCCCCAACUUUCACCAUAUUUAGUAGUAGAUACUAGUGUCUUAUGUUGCAAUUUAGUGUCAUUAAAACAGCUUGUGUUUUCUAAACGAUUCAUCAUUGUUAUUCCACAAAUUGUAAUUGAAAAUUUAGAUCAGUUGAAGAAAGAUAGCAUUGGAGCUCGAGAAGCCAUUCGUUGGUUAGAAUCUGAACUCCGCAAGGGUUGUCGAUGUUACAAUUGAAAAACUUCGAUCAUUUAUAUCGAAAUGGCGGAAUUCCUCCAAGAACCCCGGUUGAAGCUGGAAAAAAACAUUGCCAAUUGAGUUUUCUCUUGAAAGUAUAUCUUUCGACAUCCGGAUGAUGAAAGAAUCAUUUGUAAACAGAAGGUCAAGUAUGAUCCAAGAGUCAACUUCGCCUGAUGAUGCCACAUACACGAAUCAUUAUGCUCCUCUAACCCUUGCAAAGCUUUCAAUGGUGGGUUAGAGAAUUUUAAGGAAACUUUUAAGAGGACACAAAAACCAGAUUUUAUUACGUGUGAAAAAAAAGUACAAAUGAUUCAAAGCAAAUAAAUAGGUUUUCUUUCCAA